AUGUUAGUUUGUUUGUUGACAAAAUAGAUUCAAUUUAAAACAUGAUAAUGAAAUCAAAUGUUUUUUUACCCGUAUUUCAUUGCAAAGUAAAAAGUAAACGUUGCGAUUUUCGGGGAUACGAUUAACAGUUUUAAAUACACGUUCGUGCACGUCUCUAAUAUAUUUAAAUAACUAUGUGUGAUCCUGCUACAUUUGUGUCUUCUAUUAAAGUUAAAGGAAUUCAUCUGUUACCUCCUGUGAUAACUCCGAAGAGAAGAACUGAAUUGGAAAAAGACAGACAGCAAGCGAUAAAAUUAGAAAAGCGAUUAGAAAAUACUAGAAAACUAAAAAGCGAUCUCGAGGAACUGUUAACUUUAAACAGCCUAUCAGAUAAACAGCCGGCAUUUAGCAACAGCCACUCAAAAAAGCCCAAUCUUAGUAAAGAAAUCCUCGAAAUAUCGGAAUAUCGAAACGACAUCAAAACAUUUUCCUCGGAUUUCAGCACAGUCAGUGGUUCUUCCAAAAGCCACGUUAACAGCAGCAGUCAACAAGACGUUGAUGAUUCAUCGAUUAAAACUAACGCUUCUUCCAUUAUAUCUUGCGAUGUUAACGAUAUUAACUCCGCUUCUUCCUCCACCAGUAAAUUAGAUAUCUGCCCAGCACUAAACUUAAGUAAAUUGAGUAGCACCAGCGGGUCGAAGACUCCUUCUCCUCAUAAAUCACCAAAGCCUCGAAUGAUCCGCAGCAAUUCUUAUACGCUAGAAGCACCGAGUCCUAUACUCCUAGCUCAUUUGGAAAAUUGCAGUAAAACAGCAAUAGAUGAUACCGCGGAACAUGAAGAUGCUGAAUCAUUGCACAGAUCAUUGUGGGGUUCUCUGGAUAAUAAUUAUGUACCAUUCGAACAAAGCCAGUUCAGCAGUUUGAAUACUGUUUAUAAUUUCAACGAAAACAACUCCGAAGAAUCUAAAGCAGCAACAAAUACUGUUAAAGAUGAGGUAACGAAAGAACCAUCUCCAUCAAUCGAAGUAGUCCAAACCGAUAUAUCCGUACAACAAAUAACCGUAAAUGCCAAUACGGAAGAACUACAACCGGUUAAAACGACUAUAGAGCUAACCGACCCCGAUUGUCAGCUGAUGCAAGUCCUAAAGAAAAUCCCCGCAGAGUACUCCAAGCAAAUCAUCGAGCUGAUAGAGAAGCAAAAAUCCGAUCACUCGCUCAAAGUCGACAAGUUCAGCAAACAAUUCUGUUCGACACCGAAAUCAAUGGACGAUACGAGGCCUGCUACCGCUUCGCCUAGCCAGUCGCUUUAUUACAGUUUCAGUUCCUCCGACACCAUCGUGCCUACUUCUCCGUUCUCCAAAACGCCCUACUCGGAGUAUUGCGAUGAUAAUGGUAGUUUCAAUAAGUACCAGAAUGUUGUUAAGAAGAUUAAAAAUCAAUCGGAAUGCAGGGGGAAAAUGUUUCAUACCAGCAAGAAUAUCGAUGCUAUUAAAGAGGAGUGGGCUGCUUCUGUGGUAUGCGCCCAUGUAAAGGGUUACCUAACCCGCCGGCUUCUUAAAACCGAAACCGUACAAUCUGUGAUCGAUACCAUCAAACACGCCCUUCAAUGUGCCUUAGAAUUGCAUAAUAUCGAUAAUAUCGAUGAAUCGGAUAUCGAGCUACACAGGAGGCUGAUUAAUCAGGUUUCCGCCGCUUGUUACGAGUUCCACGAUAUAUUUUUUUCGCUUUCGACCAAGGAGCAAAUGAACAUAAUCGCCGCCGAUCGGAAGAGGCUGACCGAGAAGAAUCGAAGAGCCAAAUCCGGUUCGAACAUAAAGAGAUCCGUAUCGAAUUCGAGCCGAUCGUCGAUUAGAAGUAGGACUUCUCUCAUGUCGACGAAAUCUAACUGAAGCGCUGCGUUUUUCAUACGAAAUUAUUUUUACUAAAAACGUUGAAAGUGCUUCGAGUUGUAAAACAUGUUUAUUGAUCAUUUUAAUGUGUUGUUUAUUGUUCGUUAGUGUUAUAUAUAUUUUUGAUACGCUAUUUUUUAAUUAUUAUUCGCUAGCACGUUGUAGAAAACAUAUUCCAGCACUAUUUUUUUUCGAAUUUACUUUGAAUCAGAUUUAGCUAUUUUUUUAUCGAAAUAUCAAAGUUGCAAGCAGAAAUAAAAUGUUUAA